GAUUCGCUGGCCAUCGCAAUGAGUACACGUAAAUUUUCCAGUCAUGUGCUAAACACCUCUACGGGAAAAGCAGCAGCCUACAUAAAAGUGACCACAUCUCGCCUGGAUGAACUCCAGGAAUGGAAGGCUAUUCGACCAACGCAGACGGACUCAGAUGGUCGCUGUCAAUUACUGGAUCCAGCGGAAUUUUCCAGCGGAAUCUAUAAGUUGACAUUCCAUGUUGGCGCCUAUUUUGCAGAGCAAAAUAUAAAAACUUUUUAUCCAGCCGUUGAACUAAUUGUCGAUUGCAGUGAAAAUCAAAAUUAUCAUGUUCCACUUUUACUCAGUCCCUAUGGAUACACCACUUAUCGCGGAACUUAAUGUACGUUUAUAAUCAUGAAAUGGUAAUAAAGUUGCUAACAAAAAUAUG